UUUUGAUUUAUUUUAUUUAUUUGGGGCCAUUUAUGAUCCAACAGCUUAUUUUUAAGGCUAUAGCUAUAAUGUCUACCGCUUGUAGUGGCGGCAAGUUUUAUGUAGUUAAAGUGGGGAGGAAUCCAGGUAUUUAUCGUUCUUGGGAAGAGUGUUCUUCUCAAGUGAACGGCUAUUCAGGUGCUGUCUACAAAUCUUUUAAGUCGAAGUCUGAAGCCUAUUCGUGGUAUAGUGAGAAGGAUUCUUUGUCAAACAGAUACACACGAUCCGUCUUUCGGCCGACUGAUUCUUCGAAUUGCCUUGUGGCAUACACAGAUGGCGCCUGCACAAUGAAUGGCCGAAGGGGAUCUCGUGCCGGAAUAGGGGUUUAUUUUCCGAAUGGCUACAAGACCAUUUCCGAAGGACUACCGGCGUCUUUUAAGCAAACUAACCAGCAGGCCGAACUUUAUGCGGCUAUUCGCGCAGUAGAAGAGGCACCCAGUGACCAGCCUCUGGAUAUUCGGACAGAUUCUAUGUAUGUGGUUAACGGCAUGAAUAGUUGGAUCAAAAACUGGAAACGCAAAAAUUGGAAUGUCCCUGUCGAUAACAUUGAACUGUUCAAACGACUUGACCGAGGUGUUUCAAAUAGAAAGAACAUGACUACCUUCACCUAUGUAAAGGGCCAUACCGGCAUUCAAGGGAAUGAAAUAGCCGAUCGGCUGGCGGUUAAUGGCAUAAAUCUCAAAAGUGAAUGAUGUCUUUGAAUGUAUGAUU